AGUAUCGCAAUCAUCUUUUUUUGUUUUUGGAUUUAUAUUUUGUAUCAACUUUUAUAAAAGUAAUUAAGUGUGAUGAACAGUUUGAAAUUGUUUGGGACGUGGACGCCAGUAAAUUGAUGAUAUAUACACGCAUGUGAUACGGAAAUCAUUCAGAAUUGACAUAUGCGGAUUGUUGAGGAGCUAGGACGGUGGCUGGCACGGUAAGCCCACGGUGUGUCGCCCUAGGGCCGGUCCCGGACAUGAGUAACAACCAAAAACAAGUGCCUUCGGCGCCGCCGCAGCAAUCCCGCUGCUAUCCACAACAACCACCGUAUCCUUAUCAAACAUUUCACAAUUCAAAUACUAACAAACCUUUUAAAAUGGGAGCGGAUGGAAGCUUCCACGUUUCAACUUCACCGGCGAACUUCGUGCAGCAAUCAGGCCUCCCACAACAACAGCAACAACAGAUAUCCAUGAGAGGUGCUAUGCCUCCAACGGGGCCUCCGAAUCAAGCUUCUACACCACCCCAGACUGAUGCAAUGAAAGUGUCUCAAAUGCAAACUCCACAAGGCAUUUCACCUAUGUAUUUACAAGGAACAACAAGUGUACGAAGUAAUCAAUCAGCGUAUUAUAGACCACCAACAAUGCCCGCUCCGACAAGAUCUUCGACUCAUCACAGACAACAACCUUCUCAUAUCUUCCAACCACAUGUGCCAGUUGUGUAUACUCAACAAAUUCCUCCACCAACAGUUCCAGGCAUUGGUAUUCAAAAUUCACAGUUUCAUGCAACAUAUCAACCACGUACAUCCCAAAACUUUUUUCCAUUACCUUAUCCGACAAUACCUUCACAGCCAAUAUUCGGUUUUGGCUCAAAUCAACAAGCUACACAGCAAUAUUAUUAUGGGCCUAAUGGGCCACCUAUAAACAUUAUACGUGGACCACAAGGACCGGCGCCGACAGGUCCGCAAGGACCAAAUCAACCAUCUGUUGCAGCAAUACCUAUGAAUCAAGCACACCAAAUGCAAACACAACAGCCCAAAGUCCCAAAAAGAAGAGAACAUGCAAUAGCUAUUAUAGAUCCAAUUACAGGUAAAGAUAAGUUAAAAGAAAUAUUCAACGAUGAUUCACAACCUAUUGAAUCCGGUCAGUCAAGUGCACGACAAACACCACAACCUGAUUCGCAUGCUGAAGUUCCACCAGAAGUUUUAAAAAACCAACGAAUAUUAGAUGAUUGCAAUACGGAUGCGGAUCAAAGGUAUCGUGGAGAUAUACUACCUACAGAAGGUUUCGCUGGUCAUACAGAAGAAUUAACGUCAAUCGAUGGACCAGUAAACACAAAAUUAGGCAAAAAAAUUGAAAUGAUUCCACCAUCAGAAAGUAAAUUACAAGCUGGCACAAAAGAAUUUAUACCUGUAGAAUCAAGUAAGCCAGUAGUAGUGGCACCUAGAGAACCACCAGUAGUAUCAGCUAAAGAAGGGCCCGAAGUAAUUGUACAUAAUAAACCAUUAAAAGAACGUGAAAGUCCAGCAAAAAGUAGAAAAGCACGUGAAACAGCAGCACAAAGGAAUGUUAUUAUUGAAACACCAUUAACAACAUCAUCAUCAUCGAAUGUUAUUUUACAACAUCAGCAGCAACAGCAACAACAACAAAUACCACCACAACACCAACACCAGCAACAACAACGUGAGCCGACUUUAGUACAAUCCCUACCAUUAUUGAACAGAGAUUCAGGUGAACAGCAUCAACACCAGCAGCAGCAACAGCAACAACCACAGUCAUUGCAUCAUGAUAUGAUACCAUCAAAUACAAUACCUAUAACAAUGUCACAACCACAUAUUAUUGACACAAAACAACAUCAUAUUAUACCACAACAUCAACAACAACAAACGCAUGAGCAACAACAUCAUGUUAUACAACAGGUAGCGUCUUCUCCACGAGAAGGAAAUAUGCCAAAGGAACAACAUAUUCAUAUUCCACCACAAUCACAGCAUUCCAUUCAUCAAAAAGAUAGUUCUACUGUGGUUAAAGAUAUUUCCAUGCACCAUUCAGACACUACUUUAACGUCUAAAGGUAAACAACAACAACAGCAGCAGCCCUCAAAAGUAAAACCAGGUCAAGUAGAUACGAAAUUUAUCGAUACCAAAACUCAAAUACAAAAUAGUACGAUUACAAUUCCACAUGGCGAUAAUUUACAAGGAAAAAAUAAAGCAAACACUGACUCUAAGAAGUCAAUUAACAAUAAGGAUACCACAAAGCAACCAUCAGUACCCCCAAGCACAACAUCUUCAGCUCCAGCACUUCAAAAACAACAACAAUCCCAAGUGCCACAACCAACACAAUUACCGACAACCCAACCAGUACAGUCACUCCCAAAUACAACACCUCCCGCAUCCACAGUUCCUCUUCCAAUUCCAGUUAGUCAACCACCAAAGCCAACGAAUAAAACAAAUAAAAUGCGUGAAUUGAAUCGUAAAGGUGCCGAUAAAGAAGGGACUGAUAUGGAUGCAUUUAAUACAAAUGAGAAUCCAACACCGAAUAAUGAAACUAAUGAAACGACGACACAGUCAACUAACAUAGUUACACCGCCAUCAACACCUGUCACUGAAUCAACAAUACCCUCAUCUGUGAUCAUUGACAGUAAUAAGGCAGCUCAACAACAAAAUUUAGGAAUAAAUAAUUCAAAUAAUGAUAUAAGUAGUAGCAAUAUUAGUAAAACAUCUGAAGUAAAAAUGUUACCGAAGCCUAAAGUCGAUGUUUGUAGUAUAGUUCGAGAUGUAGAAAAACAAAUACCAACCAAAUCAAUUACAACAAAUAAAGAAAACGAAUCGGAUAACAAAAAUUUAAAUUUAUCAGAAACCGAAAAAUUAGUGCAAGCUAAAAAUGAAGCAAAUGCUAAAUCGUCAAUUGUACCUGCUGUUAAUAAUUAUUUAAAUACAAAUAACAAUAGUUCGUCAGUGAUUGAUGUUAACAAAACAUCAGCACCUACGUCGUUAACUUUACCCUACACUGAAGAACAAUGGGCUCCAUGGAAUACAAGUGGUAAAAAAAAAUAUUUACGUGAAUUUUUAGUUGCUCUUCAAAACGAUCCAAAAAGCAUCAGAAAACCUGAUCUACCUCGUGAUUUAGAAUCUUUAAUAAACCACCCCAAGCACAAUCGAUUGCCUGAUCAUAAUAGCAGCAAUAGAUACUCAAGUAUGAAUCGUCAUGAUGUUUUGUUGCCUCCUUAUGCUAAAACACAAUCUCAACGUGGACCUUUACCUAAACGAAAUAGUCAACAAGGUAAAGCUAGUAAAACUGGGGGAAAACCAAACGUGAUACACGUAUCACUAUCCUUAAAAGAAGAUGUUAAAUUAAAUGAGACUGAGAAUGCGUGGAAACCUGCAAGACUGGUUAAGGGCUCAGCCCAAAAUGAAGAAGAUGCCAAGACUGCAGAGUUAUACAAGAAAGUACGAGGUGUUUUAAACAAAUUAACACCACAAAAAUUCGAUACACUCGUUAAUCAAGUAAGACAAUUAAAUAUAGAUAAUUGUGAACGAUUACAGGGAGUCAUAGAUCUAGUUUUCGAAAAGGCCAUUGACGAACCAAAUUAUUCAGUAGCUUAUGCGUUAAUGUGUCGCGAAUUAGCAUUAAUGCAAGUACCAGCGGAACGUAAAAAUUCAAACGAUCCUGGAUUUGUUAAUUUUAGAAAAUUAUUAAUUACUAGAUGUCAAAUGGAGUUCGAAAAAACCUAUGUUGACGAAAAAGCACGAAAGUUGAAAGUUAAAGAAAUUGAAGAUGAAACUGAUCCUGAAAAGAAAAAAGAAUUACAAUUACAAUUAGAAGAAGACGAUAGAAGGGUACGAUUAAAAUCUGUUGGUAAUGUUCGAUUUAUUGGUGAAUUAUUUAAACAACAAAUGUUAACCGCAAGUAUAAUGAUGAAGUGUUUGAAAAAUUUGUUAAAUGGUAUCGAAGAAGAAAACUUAGAGUGUUUGUGUAAAUUAUUAAUAACUGUUGGUAAAGAUUUGGAAAUUGAGAAGAAAAUGUCAUUAGAAAGUUUUUUCCAAACAAUGCAAGAGAUUGUUGAUAGAAAACAUGGUAAAAUUAGUAGUCGUGUACGUUUUAUGUUACAAGAUGUUAUUGAAUUAAGAAAUAAUAAAUGGAUACCACGUCGUCAAGACUUAAAACCUACCACAAUUGAUGAAAUUCAAAAAGAAGCUGAAAGUGAACAUUUAAAUAUACAAAUUUUAAAUUCAGCUCCACUAAAUACGCCACGUAAAGAUGAUCGUGGUUCUAGUGCUCAACAAGGUAGUGAUAGAAAACGUGGUGGCCGUAAUAAUGUUGGUGAAGAUGGAUGGUCAACAGCUCAAUCGAGAAGUCGUCAAACAUUCUCUGUUGAAUCUUCUAAAUUAAAAAGUACUAAGCCUAUAACAAUAGAUGCUGAAACAUUAGGAUCCCGUUCUGGGUAUGCCAAAUGGAGUAAAGGAAGUACUGCCAACGUAAAUCCACCAACAACAAUUACCAAUAUGUAUUCACCUUUAGAACAUAUAGAUGCUGAAAGAAUUCGACAACCUCAAGGAGGCUCACGGAAUGGUAGUAAAGAUCCAUAUAGUUCGAAAGGUCCAAGUAUGGAGAGAAGUAAUUAUAAAUCAUAUGAUGAUGGCCGUGGGUCUCGUAGUGGUAGUCAAGCAAGAUCACGUGAUGGAUCACAAGCUAGACAGCAACCAACUUCAUUGCCAACUAGUUCAGUGGUGCAACCUCAAUUUGUUGCACAACAAUUAUCAAGCCAUUUACAACAAACACCAACGCAACAACAGCAACCACAAACUCCGCCAGUUAAAGAACUUACGGAAGACGAAAUAGAACAACACACACAAACAAUUGUUAAUGAUUAUUGGAAUGACUUAAGUGUAUCAGAUGUAUGUGAGGCUGAAAUUAAAACAUUAUUUGGAACAGAUGCGCUCGCUGGAAAAUUUGUUGGUUGUAGUUAUUUAUAUUCUAUUGAAAAAUCUUCAACUGCACGGAAAAAUACUGGCAACUUAGUAGCAGUAUUGUGUCAACGUGGAUUAAUUACUCAAAAGGCUGUGUGUACUGGUUUACAAAGUUUAUUAGAAGUAGUUGAAGAUUUAAUUAUAGAUCUACCAAAAAUUUGGGAUUAUUUAUCAGAAUUAGUUGUACCUCUGCUGGCGGAGGGUGUUUUAUCAUUAAAAGUUUUACGAGAAGUUGCGUUCUCUUGUGCUGGUUUUAUACAACAAGAAGAUUAUCCUGGUAAAUUAUUAGUACAUUUAUGUAAUUCGUUAAGUAAAGAUAAAGGACCCAGUUUUCCACGAAAGUUAUGGUUGGAUUCUGGGCUUCAAUUUAGUGAUUUCGUUCCUAAUCAUAAAGUGAGCAGUUUUAUCAAAGAUAAUAAAUUAGAAUAUUUAAGUGGUAGUGCAAGUAUACCAGAAAAUUCUAUUUCGCUCUCUUUUGACGAAAUUCGUGCUAAAUUAUUAGAAUUCUUUGAGAAAGAUGUAACAUUUAACCACAUUACUGAGUGGGUUACGGCUAAUGUGGGCAAAGAAAAGGCUACAGAAAAGGAAUUUAUUCGAGCUUUAAUGACGGCUGUGUGUGAACAUUCAAUUCAAAAAAUGAAACUGAAUGAAGACGUAUUAAAGAAGCAUUUCUUUUUAUUGCAACGAUAUGUCGAUAAUAAAGCCGAUCGUGAAAUGCAAUGUUUACACGCCCUAAAAGCAUACAUUAAUAAAUUAGAGCACCCACCAGGAGUAUUACUUGCAAUUUGUAAUAACUUAUGGGAUAGUGCUGUAUUAUCGAAUGAAAGUUUCUUACAGUGGGAAAAAUGUACGGAUCCAGCGGAACAGGAAGGAAAAGGUGUUGCAUUAAAAACAUUAACAAGUUUCUUUACAUCAGUUCGCGAAGCAGAAGAUGAUUCAUCUACUAGUGAAGUUGAAGAGUGACUACAGGGGCAAUUAGAUCAACAUUCAACAUCAGAGCAACGCCCUUUAGUGCGUGUCUAGAUAAAAAAAAUUGUAAAUAAUAUUAAUAAUAAUUCACGCGAUUAUAAAAUUGUCUCCGCGUUGAUUCAUUUCAUCUAAAUAAUUAUAUUAUUAUUCUAUUUUUUUUGUGUACUCAACAAAAAAAUAAAACU